CCGGCGGGGGGGCCGGCGGGGACACCGCGGGGGCGAGCUGAGGAGGGCCAUGAGGGCGAGCUGGAUCCUGGCGCUUGGGUCCCUGUGCCUGGGCGCCCUGCCAGCCGGGGCAGGGGAGGGGAAGCGCAAACUGCAGAUCGGGGUGAAGAAACGGGUCGACCACUGUCCCCUCAAGUCCCGCAAAGGAGACGUCCUCCACAUGCACUAUUCGGGGAAGCUGGAAGAUGGGACUGAAUUUGAUAGCAGCCUGCAGCGAGACCAGCCCUUCGUCUUCUCCUUGGGGACGGGCCAGGUUAUCAAGGGCUGGGACCAGGGGCUGCUCGGGAUGUGUGAGGGGGAGAAGCGGAAGUUGGUGAUUCCUUCCGAACUAGGCUAUGGCGACCGAGGGGCUCCCCCGAAGAUUCCCGGCGGAGCCACGCUGGUGUUUGAGGUGGAGCUGCUGAAGAUCGAGAGAAGACCGGAGCUGUAGCCAGGGGCUGGGGAUGGAGGGGGGGGACGAGGAAUGAAUGGACUGGGACUGUUGGGGGGAGCAGUGGGGGCGGGGGUACCCCUCCGCCGGGACCAGAUUUCGUUUUAAAAAAGAAAAUUAAAAAUGCUUCAGGGCGA